CUUUUGUUGUURUUCUUGUCAUAGUUUUGUAUUUAUUUGGCAGUGAGCAUGUGUAAGGCGGAGGCUUGUUUGCUUCGUCCUGCCUCCUGAUGAGUGGGUGUGUGUGUGUGUGGCGUCUUUUCCUCUCAUUCAGUGCGACGUUUUAUUUAAGUUGAAAAAUGGCGGCGGUGCAUCUGAGGAUCGGGGACCUAGUGUGGGGAAAACUUGGUCGUUACCCACCAUGGCCAGGAAAGAUUGUAAGCCCUCCCAAGGACCUGAAAAAGCCCCGGGGCAAAAAAUGCCAUUUUGUGAAAUUUUUUGGAACUGAAGACCAUGCCUGGAUCAAAGUAGAGCAGCUGAAGCCCUACCACGCCCACAAAGAAGAGAUGAUCAAGAUAAACAAAGGAAAGCGCUUUCAGCAGGCRGUUGAUGCAGUAGAGGACUACCUAAAGAAAGCGAAGGGGAAAGAACAGAAUUCGGACAGUAAAUCAGAGUCAAAAGGGAAGAAAGCAUCCAACAAGCCACUGAAGAUACUGGAUGAAGACGAUGAGGAUCUCAGUGCCCUGAAGGAUCCCUCUGAGAAGGACUUAACUGACUCUGACCCCGAGCCGUCUGCUAUUGAGAGGCUGGGGGCUGGACCUGGCUCAGGAUUCAAAUGGGAGAGCAGUCUGGUCAAAGAUGACCCACACUUUCACCACUUUCUGCUAAGCCAGUCUGAGAAGCCAGCCUCAUCCAUGGAGCCCAUUAGCAAGCGCCUGAAAAUCRUUGAAGAGGUCACAGGGUCAACUUCCAUCCAAGCAGCAGACAGCACAGCCAUUAAUGGCAGCAUCACACCCACAGAUAAAAGGAUAGGUUUCCUGGGUCUGGGACUCAUGGGUAGYGGCAUAGUUUCCAACCUGUUGAAAAUGGGUCAUGUCGUGACUGUGUGGAACCGCACAGCAGAAAAGUGUGACCUGUUCAUCCAGGAGGGUGCCAGAUUAGGCAGGACCCCAGCAGAAGUGGCAUCUAUGUGUGACAUUACUUUCUCUUGUGUCUCGGACCCCAAGGCUGCCAGAGACUUGGUGUUGGGACCCAGUGGAGUUCUGCAAGGAAUCAGACCAGGCAAAUGCUAUGUGGAGAUGUCCACUGUAGAUCCAGAGACCAUCACAGAACUGUCACAAGUGAUCACAUCCCGGGGUGGCCGUUUCUUGGAGGCUCCAGUUUCAGGAAGUCAGCAGCUGUCCAACGAUGGAAUGUUGGUGAUCCUGGCAGCCGGUGACAGGACGGUGUACGAGGACUGCAGCAGCUGCUUCCAGGCCAUGGGCAAGACCUCGUUUUUCCUCGGUGAAGCGGGCAAUGCAUCAAAAAUGAUGCUGAUCUUGAACAUGGUCCAGGGCAGCUUCAUGGCCACCAUUGCAGAAGGUCUCACUCUGGCCCAGGCCACCGGCCAAUCACAGCAGACCUUCCUGGACAUCCUGUGCCAGGGCCAGAUGGCUAGCACUUUUGUGGACCAGAAAUGUCAAAAUAUUUUGCAGGGCAACUUUAAACCAGACUACUAUUUGAAACACAUUCAGAAGGACCUGAGGCUAGCCAUCUCCAUGGGAGACAUGGCUAACCAUCCAACCCCAAUGGCUGCAGCUGCCAAUGAGGUUUACAAGAGGGCUAAAGCGCUGGACCAGUCAGACAACGAUAUCUCUGCAGUCUACAGAGCCUACAUUCACUAGAGUGAGGAGAGGCUCAUCCUCUGAACCACACAGUCUUUAAUCACUUCUUUCUUUUGUCAUCUAAUGAAUUUUAUUUCAAAUUUAGGUGGGUCUAUUUUUAUUUUGCCCCAGUGCCAGCCACGUUACCUGUCCCCACAAUCCUGGGAUUGUAUCCCAUUUAUUUUUUACUAUAUUAUUAUUAUUAUUUUAUUUUAUUAUUAUUUUUUUUAAAGAGGCAACAUUGAGCAUUGCACUGACUGUACUGGGGGGGAAAGACAGGUUCCUGAUGAGGUUGUACUACUGCACUGCUGCAGUGUGAAUGAGAGGCAGCAGUUCUGGUUCCAGACAGUUUAAAUAUGGUAAAUGUGAUGCAGGGUGUUGGGGAAGGUGGGGUGGCGCUGGUGGGGGUCCAGCCCUGCUGUGAAGCYACACAAACUGCUGUCAGGUAUUGUAAAAAUAGAAAGCCUAAAAAAAGUAUUUUUUUUUUCUUUUGGUGUGUAUUUAAUUGAGCGUAAUCUUUAUUCUUCUUUUAAUGUUUAGAAAUCAGUGAGGACAAAACCCACUAAGAACAUGCAUUGCCUUAAUAUUUUAACCCCCAAGUCUUUCGUUACUAGCUGUAUUUAUUUAGGUUCUUGGUGCAGCAUGGCCAUGGCUUUUUCCUGUGUUUGAUCAGAGGAUCUAUUCUUUUACAUUAGUGAUGAUCUCAAAGUAACAGACGUGUUUAGGCCUUAAAAUGCAGUUAUAGAUUAUUUUUUGUCUUAACAAAAUGUGUGAUUUUCCAAUUUAAUUUUUUUUCUUUAGUUUGGAAGAGUUCUCAUGUCUUCAGUUUUUACUCUAAAACAAGAUAAAUCAUCUUUUGAAUUUGUCCUUUGAGUUAAUAAUUAUGCCCUAGUGUCAGAAAUAUAUUUUUUUCUUUUGGGGUUCUGUUAAAAGACAUGAAAGACGAAUAAAGUUCCCCUGAUGCGUUUUUUAUAUGUGGGAUUUAUAGAUUUAUACUCUAGUCUGUGGGCAACAUGUUCAUCUUCAGUYAGCUGAUGUUUGGUGAAUCUGUUACAAAACUCACUUUAGUUUGGUUCCUUGUUACGUGUUUACACAUUCACUCAGUAUCUAAAUUCAAAUCUUUAGCGGGAAUAUUUAAUCUUGGGUUUUUUUUCCAUUGACCCAGAUCUCAACUAAAAUAAGUUGAAGCAUCGCAGGUCGUCACAUGACUGCUUCGUACUCAGAGGCCCUCACAAGUAAGAAUUACCGUAGUUCACAUUUUACACAAACCUGAAGUGUGACAAAUAAAAAGGAAAACUGUUCUUUCAUUUGGGAUUAAUGUACAACAAUUUAACCAUUGAAUGUCAUGAUUAAAAAAAUAAAUACCAAAGAUUUAUUAGUAUUUUAUUGAGAAACUUUGACAAUGAAUUUGAUCCAAGAACACAUUAAACUUAUCUUUUAUUUUUUUUUAAAUUGGUUGUAAAAAAAAAGAUUCCAUAUUUUAUGGUCAUCAAGUAAUUGUGACACAGGCUACACACAACACAUCUUUGUUGAUCGCUGCCAGUUGUWGGGUCCAUGACACUCAAUCAUCUUGGUCAAUUUUCAAAAGAAAUUAAACUUUCUUUUACAUCUGACAAGAUUGUGUAGGUCUUCUGUGAAUUUAUUUUUGAUUGAAUCCAGAUUUUGUAGCUGUGAAGCAUUUUACCAGGUAUCUUAAAAUAAUAUUUUAGCAAAUUUAAAGAACACAGAUCAAAAAAUGUUAGUUUGAAAAAAACUAAAUAUAGAAGUAGUGUCUUACUGGGCUGCGACUGUUGCGGAGUUGUUGGCGACUUAGAAUUGUGAGAAAUGAUGCAAAUUYUCUGCUGCUGUCAUUAAAUUCUGUUCUUAUUCAUCAAGUCGUGGGGAUGUGUUUUGGGUAACUAAUUAUUGAAAAGUCUAAGCCUAUUAUUAAAAACGAUCAGAUUAGCUAUGAAGAGCUAAGCCAUCUUAGAAGAAUGGGGGGAUCUUUACAUUGUUAAAGAAAAAGGAAAUGAUGUACAUACUUAACAAGCCUUUUACUGUUUAAUGAAAAAAAUGUGCAGUGUUGGAYCAGCUGGUUAAGUGGAACUGUCUAGUUCUGCUCUCCAGUCAGUUGCUCCUUGCAUUCCUCCUGCAAAUACAGUUCAGUUUGUUGGCGUACCUUUAUUUACACUUCUUAAUCUAGUAUUUCCCUGGGCUGUGGCUUCAGAAAAUGAGAUUACGACUCUUAAUUGUGAGGAAAAAAGGGAAAUAUAUUGGAGUCUCACUUGAGUUCAAAGUGCUUUCGAUAAAAGAGCCAUGUGAUUGCAUUUUGCAUGGCCAGUUUUUUUUUAAAGUUGUGGCCUGUUUUUGUGUACGGCUUGCAAAAUUGUAUUGUUGGCCGUGCACAUUGUUUUGUCGUCAACCUCCACCCACAUCACACCCAGCUCAGCACCCGUCUCCACAUUUGAUUUAAAUUCCUGGAGCACACUUUCUAAAUGAGGAUGUGCAGUGCUGGGGCACUUUUUCAAUCAUUUUUCUUCAUUAGUGUGGUUUUAAAACAGACUUUUUUGCCUUGAAUGGUUUCCAUUACAGAGCUCACAGCUCUUGAGACGGUGUGGAUUAAAAUUUUUGAAGGUGCUCUAAAUUGAAGCUACGCRGCAGGGGUUUCCUGCUACUUUUGUGGCUAUUGGUGAAUUUUUGAGACUUUCCUGGGAAUGCCAUUUGCCAGCUAGUCUCAAACAGUCACAGCCCACGGAAAUACUCGCUUAAGUUUGUCACUAACUAAUGGCUAAACCAAACACAGCCAAAACCAUAGUGGAUCAGUACUGACUCCAAACUACUUCAAUCUUCUAAGUUCGUAAGGAUUUGUGCAAAUACUAUUAAAUUUUUUACAGCGUUGUCACUUAUGAAUUACACUAUUUCAACUGAAAUAUCUGAAAUUCUGUCAAGAGCUACGGUUACAAAACACAGAAUUCAAUGCAAAUAAAUGUAAUGUGAAAGCAGCACAGGUGUAUUAAAGCAUUUGCAUGAACUUGUAUGAAAGUUUGGAGAUUCCACUUUUGUUUUGGCUGCGUUCAGGCUAGUGGUUAGCUCUUCAAACCAAAGUGAGGUCAUUCAACAAGCCAUCCACAAUGAUCAACUUUGUYCAUAGCUUUUUCACUGAACCCCCAUGUCCACAAAUAUCCUGUUAAAUAUCCAGCAAUGCCAGUAAAUUUACGUUGUCCAAAAAAGGCAAACAAUUUAUACCCCCCAGAAGCAUGGUCUUUUCUGUUCCCAAGGGGGAAAUAAAAUAUAAGACUAGAUAAAGACCAGACACAAGCACCGAUCUAACAUGAGAGCUCUAAAAUAAUCCUUAUGUUUGUUUUGCUUGAUUAGAUAGAUUGGACCAUUUUCAUUUUUUCGUUUUGGAUUCUACUUAGGCCCUGUCCACACAGGAAUUUUUUGUGCAUGUAUAAAAGUUUUGUCUGCGCAAAACACCACCUGUUGACCUAUGAUGUUAUAAAUCCACCUUUAUCCUAACCAACGACCCCAAGCAUGAAAACACACUGGCAGUAACAAUGGAUUACAUGCUUGUGGUUGUGCUGCAGAGGCUAGUUUAACUACAGAUGGUGCCAUAAAAGGAGCAGAUCAAAAAAAUAAAAAUGAUCAUUACACAAAGUCUAARGACAAAUAAGUUUUUUUUAACUUUAUUGAACUGCCAACAAUGCAAAAGAGAUUUCUUUGAGGAGGAAAAAAACAUUUCCAUGUGGACUGGGCCUAAGUCUCCUGAUGUGGAGAACUGUCCAUGCUUGUGUUUUACCAAUUCUGAAAGUGGAAAAGUGCCUCUGAGGAAGGGUUCAGGCCAGUCGUCAAACCUAAGGGUCACUCUCUGGAUGYGACUAAUCCCAUAUACUCUACAAGCUCCCACCGUUUGGCCCCACACUUCUACUGUACUGCGAUGUGGUUUUGAUUUGUMAUCUCACUCCGUGAUCCCAAAAAUAAGAAAUCUUUACCUCAGUCAGGGCAGUUGGGAAAAAUUAGGUGUGGGUUUUAAUCUGAACAUGGACAUCAUAUUCUUUUAAUGGCAUGACGUUAAAAAKUAGAGAGCAGAAUUAGGAGAUGACUGUCAAACUGUUCUAAAAAUCAUACUUUGGGGGGGUAAGUGAAUUGUUUUAGUUUCCAGCUAAAAAUAUAACUUAGUCUUGUUUCAAAAUAAAUUUUUGUAUUCAAAACCCAGUGUUCUAUUUUGAGAGACGUCCUAUUUACCAAGACUUUAAUUUAGUUUUCCCCAAACAAUUUAUAGGGUCACGAGCUGUUUUUAGAAGACAGAUGUAAAUAGCACAUUAAACCAAGUAGGAUUCCUUUUGAAUCUACAAUAACCAGAUUUAAUGGAAGCUUAUUUUGCUUUUUGCUCUACAGAUCAAGUGUCKAACACUUGUUUCUUGAUCCUGUAGAUUGUUCAGUUAAAGUGUAAAUGGUUUAUAAAUAUGUGGCUCAUAUAUUCUGGCUUAUUGCAGUUAAGUUGGAUCCCAUUGAUGGAAGGAACUUUGGUUUUUGGGGUGUUUAUGAUUUUGUGUACAUGUAGAAACACCAACUUUUGUGCUGUUUAAUAAAUCCUCUUCUGAUUACUGA